AUGAAGGAUAAGCUACGGGUGGUGUCAGCACAAGUCCCAGAACUCGCAUCGGAGUUACGAGCAUUCCAUGCUCGUACAAAAGACGUGUCGAAUGAAUUGGAUAUAGUGCAGUCAGCCUGCCAGAAAGAGAAUCUCGUGUGGGAGCUGCUUUCGUUGCCCUCUGGUAUUGCUGAUAAACUUGUUGAAGCACGAUCGUUUCUUCUCGAAGAGUUGUUUAAUAAGUUUUCGGGCCCUCUUGAUUUAGCUUCUUCUAUUCAGGUUGUGAAUAAUGUGCGGAAAAAUGCCAUAUCUCACACCUACUCAACUACGUGCCUGCAUUUUACAACACAGGGAUAUAAUCAUCCUGAAUUUGAAUUCGCCAUUCGGGCCAUUGAGAUAUACCGGGACUGCAUGUAUGACACACUUGUUCUAUACUUGGCAGUUUUUCCUGAGAGCGAAACAGCACGAAAGGACUUGUCUCUGGAUCCCCGUUGGGAAACAUGGCCUUCGAGCGCGCCAUCGUCAGUGCUUGGUCAUUGGACGGCACGUAAUAUCACUAGAUUGUUGGACCUGAUUUGUAGAACUGAUAUGAAAAGUGGCGUUGAUAUGUGCACAGUAUGGUCAAAACUCAUGUCGUUAGCAGCAUCUCUAGGUCGCAUGGGUCUAGAUUUUCGAUCUCUAGUUGUAAACUCCUUGGUAAAAGUGUCUUUGGAACGUUUCUCUUCCGCUGUUCGAGCUGCCACUAAUAAGUGA